CAGUAGAUUUGUUAUCCCUUUCGAUUCAUUAAUUAUUUAAUAUUUUGUGCGAUGUAAUGGACCACGUGUGUCGUGUUGUAUUGAUUUCCGGAGAGGCCGACAGAGAAAUGUAAACACGACGCCAGGCUGACGGACAGAGGUGAGCUAAUUUGGACCGCCAUUUUGAAUUUUGAGGAAGUGAAGCUACGGACAAGCGUUACCUCGUUUUUUAGUUCUUCCGUACAUUAUGUAAAAACUGCGAGGAGAUUAUUACUUCACAAUGGGAUAUCUCAGGUGUGUCAUCACCUGUGUGAUUCUCGCCCUGUUCUUUGUGUGGACGGGCUCAGGUAAGAGUGUUUUCCAAUGGAUGAGGCCUGAUAAUUUCGAUGAGAUUAUGGACAGAAUGACCACCGUUACGGAGGAGAACUGCCGCUCUAAGCCCAGGCAUGAGAUUGAGUUUCCUAGUGAGACCGUGGCACAGCGACCACGCUACAACAUGCUUCUAACAUCUGCUAUAUACUCCAAUAGAUCUCAGCUUUUACAUAUGCACAACAUGGCCUUGAACAGGGCCCAUUUCUACAGUUUUAUUUACCAGAGACUCAAUAGAUCGGUGGAUUUCAACUUCCAGCCCGGUCUCAUGUACCUGUACAUGUCUGCUACAGCGGACGUUACCGCUAGUCAGGGCUUCAUCAACGGCUCGGCUAUAUUUUAUGACAAUCAUUGUUAUUAUCCCAACUGGUAUAACAAGAUCUUGGACUUCAAUAAGACCACUCCGCUGUUUGGGCCGCGAGCUUGGAGGGAGGACGACUACGCCGAGACGACGAACUACCUCCGAGAGCCCACGAACCGGACGGUGGACAUCCAUGAUUACGGGACGGGAUGGAACAGUAAUUACUCCAGCCAGGCCUACAAGACGGCCCCCUGGUAUCCGCUUUGGCUCCCUGAUCUUACAGGGAACCAAGAUUCCCUCACUAAGUUCACAUACGCGGUGGGUAUAAAGUUUUCAAACGAGACGGGAAAGUUUAUAGACAACGAGUUCGUGGCCAUCCCUUACUUUGGUCCGCCCCAGCCAGGUAUCAACGACAAUGAGGAGAAUUCUCCAUCACUUCCGGUCAAGUGGACCAAACCUUACUUUGAUUGCGGACGGUCCAACAAGUGGAUUGUGACAGCCAGCGCACCUGUAGUGGAGUACAUGCCCAGAUACUCAGACUUCAUCCACUUAAGGAGACCCAGGACGGUGGCCGUGUCAGCCAUGGACAUCGAGUUUGAGCGGAUCGAUAUCAACCCCUGUCCAAUCAGUGAUGGUAACCCGGAGCCCAACUACUUCGCUGGGACAGCGCGCUGUAAGCCGUCUACCAUGUGCGAGGUAAUUCACGGCUUCGGAUUCCGCCGGGGCGGUUACCAGUGUGUUUGUAAGCCCGGUUAUUACUACCCCUGGUGGCACGAUGGACCCUUCCUUGGGCUCGAAAUCGAACAGGCGACAGGAGCGGAGUAUGACGUCGGGUUCGAAUGUUUGCAGGUUGAAGAACUGAUGGUUCCGCCCAAUGAGAUGCCGAGUUUUGUGGAGAGGAAGAGAAGAUCCGCCUCUCUACAGGACCGCUUCCUGGACCUGAUUUCUCCCUCCGACAGCAGCCCGCGGGUCGCGCCGACUGAGGCACUCUCAGACAGCGAGAGUACGAGACAGAAGCGCUCCACCUCAAGGAAAAUGAAGAAACUGGUCGCCAAACGAUCCGCAAUCAAAUCAAUUCGAGAAAGGAUGCAAGAGAGAAGGUUUAUACCGCGAUACCAGGGAGAAAAGCGGUUUAUGAGACACAAGAGGGACCUUUUUGACCAGGAACUGUAUGCAAGAAUGGAAAAGAUUUUGUACCGAAAACAGAAUACAAACAAAGGGAACUGUCGUACCAAGCCGGACUACGAGCUGUUCUUGCCGGGAGACGCCGGGUAUGGAGCGGAGAGGCAGUUCGAAGGCGAGGCUCGCACGGCUCUAAGGCUGUCCCACUUCUUGUGCGAUUUCCUCCAAAACAUCGAUGAAUACGAGGAGUUCGGAAGCGUCCGCGGUGACAAGCGAUUGAACGAAACUCACAUACUUGGAGAGGUUCUCGCCAAUGUUAUGAGCAACUUUAAGAUUCUGGGCAGUGGCGCCUUUUUUGAUCGCUACAAGUUCAGAAUGUCACCGCCCGAGAACAACACAGACCCACGGUUUGUACAUGGAAUCACUCGGGAGUUCUUUGGACCUUUCGCUUACACCCACACUGCGGCUGAUACGGACGGUACAGAGAAGUUCCGGGCGGUAGACUACGCAGGAUUCAAGGCACCUUAUACACAGCAGAGGUGGUUCAGAGACAUGAAAGCAAGAUGGCAGACGAACUUUGAAGGCCUGGAGCAGUAUACCGCCAAACCCAUGGUCCGUUCAGAUCCGAACGGAACCAGUCUGGUGAGGUGGGAGCACUACCCCCUGAGAUACUUUGCGCCCAAGUAUGAGCAUGGAGAGUGGCUGCGACCGACCUUUAAAUGUGAUGGAAUGGUGGACGAGUGGGUGGUGACAUAUGUUGCGCCGUUCUUUGGAAUGAAUCCAUUGAAGACUCGAUUAGAAUUCCACGGAGUGGUAACGGUUGAUGUCAAAUUAGAUUUUCUGGAACUCCGUCAAUGUCCCGGGGACUAUAGUGUGGCUAAUGCUUUCAAAAACACGGCGCGAUGUCACUUUAAAUCGCAAUACUGCCUACCCCUACCGCUACAGACCCCCACCCAGAGGUACCUGAGGGGUGCCUACAAGUGCGAGUGUCGCCAGGGAUACGAGUACCCGUUCAAUGACCUCAGCUGGUUCUUCGAUGGUCAGAUGAUGGAGGAGGAAUACAACAAGAUGUUACGCGGGGAACCCAACAGAUACGACACCCUGAAGUGCAGGAUAGCCGGAGCGUCGUCUGUCACCAUCAGCUGGCUCCUUCUCUCACUCUCUUUCUUUCUCUAUUUGUGGAAUCGUUCCUAAAUAAUAACUAAACCCAUUGUUCAAUUCUCUUCUCAGGUUUUAUUGUUCUACACGUGAGUACAAACGAAAUAACCGGAAAAACUGUAUACGGUCGUAAUUUUGGACCACUCUUUAAAUACUGAACGUAAUGAAUAUUUACCUGGAAAUUUAUGAACAUUAUUCGUGAAAUGUACAUAAAAAUCUACAUGUAUACUACUACUAUAUAUUUAAAACUAACACAAACUGUUGUUUACUCAAAGUUUAAGUAAGUUAACAAGGUCAAAGUUUUGUUUCUUAUUGAUAUUUACUGGUGAAUGUUUUAAAGUGCUCAACAGAAUUUUGAGAUGGAUAGCAUUUUAAAACCAUUUUUUAUAUAUUUUUAAAUGCGUGUUAAUAUAUUACAUAUCAUGUACAUAAAUUCUUGUGCCAUUAAUGCCAAACCAUUGUAAGGUUGUUUACUGUUUCUUUUACGACAGUUCAUAUGGUUUUGAGUGUGUGCGAGAAUAAAAUGAGAGAAAGAAAGAGAGGGAGGAGAGAAAAAGAGAGAGAGGGAGGAGAGAGAGAGAGAAAGUUUAUAUUAUACAGUAGGUCAUUGGUUAUGUACUUUUACGUAUUCAUUAUGUAAACUCGUUUAAUCAUACUGUUCAUACUUAUUGCUAUAUAAUAACAAGUCAGUGCUUCUUAUAAUAGUCCUUGGUAUAUAUUACAAGACAUUGUACUCUAUAAACAGGAUUGUAAAACUGAAAGUGCCAUGUUUCUUUUGCCUUUUCCAAAAUGUAAAGCUUAAUUGAUACAUUAUCCAGGAAGACUCAAUUAUUGAUAAAUUCUGAAUUAACCACUCAUAAACUUAUGCAGACCCUUUUCAUGUUCACGCUUUUUUUUGUAUAUCUGGCUAUGCAAUAGUAUUUAUUUUUUUAAUUUAUAUGAUUUUCUGAUGCAAAUACAACCAAUGUCCUAGUCUUUGUUGAUUCACAACUGAUUUAGAUUUACAUACAUGUAUAUACCAAGGAACAGGUAAGGUGCCUUUCCAAUGUGAUUUUUAGUAUGUGAAAAUGUACAUGUAUAUUCUGACAGAAUAUUUUUAUACCAAAAUGAAAUUAAAAUAAUAAAACAAAA